UUAAGGCCAUCACCGUUGGCAACAGUGUCCAUCUCCAGUGAUUUACAUUUUGACAGAUAUGUUGUAUUUGUUAUCAGUUGUAAAUAUUUAUUUUUAGGAUAUAAUGGAUGAAAUCAAAGAUGAUGAUGCCAAUUCGGAUCAUCAGGAGGUUACAGUUGAGGUGAUCCCAGACACUGUCGGGGAUAUCAUAUAUUUACAAGACUCUAUAAAGUGCGAGCCUAUGCUGCCAUCAGAUGAUGAGGAUAACGAGAAUGAGGAGCAGACUGAGUAUGAGAUUGGAUCUGUGGAUGCGUCGAAGCUUCGGAGCAGGGAUCUGGUGCUGGAUCAAUCGGAGACAUUUGUUUUACUCUCAGGCAGCAAUGGGCUACUACACAAUGACACAGUGAAGUUGGAGGGAGUGAAGGAGGAGCCAGGAUUGUUUCAAUAUGAAUGCGGGAUGUGCCAUAUGAAGACAGACACUCUGGCUUCGCUGCAGCAACACAACUCAAUACACGACUCGGAGAUCUGCUUAAAGUGCAACAAGGAGUACCCAAAGGAGGAGAUCUACAAGCACUACAAGAGGGAACACCUGGAGAUCACGUGCGAGACAUGCAAUUGGAUCAUCAUCGGUCAGAGGAAUUACGCUUCGCACGUGAGACAGCACGACUACAGGAAGUACGUGUGCAGCACCUGCUCGGCGAUCUUCACCAACGGGAAGAAGCUCAUGAAACACAUGGAAACGCACGGGACAGUUCUGCUGUACGCCUGCAACAAAUGCGGGGAACCGUUCUCGAGCACACAAGAAGUUACUAGUCAUUUAAGGCAAGUUCACGGUGGUAGGAGAUGCUAAUUCAAUAUUAUAUAUACUCUUAUACGAAACGUUUUAUUUUUAAAGUACAAAUCCUGUAAAUAAAUUCAAUUAGACUUAUUGAGAGGACAUUACGGCGCCGAUCCAGUCAACAACAGUAACUUAAAAAAUCCAUUCAGAAAUUUAAAAGAAAAGAAACAAAGCAAA